GCCGGCAGCUCCCUUAGUGGCGGCUUCCCCACGGUGGGUUUUCCGUGGCGCGCCGAGAGGCGGGGCCUGUGGGGCAAGAUGGAGUUGCUGCAGGUCUUGAAGCGCGGGCUGCAGCAGGUCAGCGGCCACGGCGGCCUCCGCGGCUAUUUGCGAGUUUUUUUCAGGGCAAAUGAUGUGAGGGUUGGCACAUUGGUGGGGGAAGACAAAUACGGAAACAAAUACUACGAAGACAACAAGCAGUUUUUUGGCCGUCACCGGUGGGUUAUAUAUACUACUGAAAUGAAUGGCAAAAACACAUUCUGGGAUGUGGAUGGAAGCAUGGUGCCCCCUGAAUGGCAUCGUUGGCUUCACUGUAUGACUGAUGAUCCUCCAACAACAAAACCACCUAUUGCUCGUAAAUUCAGUUGGACAAACCAUAAAUUCAACGUGACUGGCACUCCACAGCAAUACGUGCCUUAUUCCACCACUAGAAAGAAGAUUCAGGAGUGGACCCCAUCUUCAACACCUUCCAAGUAAAGACAAUGGAAAACAAUUUACAUGGAAAAUAUGGAGCUUCUCCUGUAAUUGUACUUUUACUGCUUACUGUUAACUUGAUUAAAGUUAUUUGAUUAA